AUGAGUGAUAAAUUAACUGAUGACGAAUUCAAGACGACAGUAAUAUCAUGUCCACUCAAUGCAUAUGACUGUAGAGAUAUUCAGAUUUGUGAAGGUUCGUUGCAACAACAUUUUCAGUCUGAACAACAUCAAAGAAGUCUCGCCGAACAUGCAAAAUAUAUCGACAACACUGCAGAUGCUGAUACUACAGAUACGAACAGCAACAUGGAAGACGAACACCAAUCUUCCCUUGGACUAUAUGAAAAACUCUCUUCAUUAGCACAAUAUAUCGACCAAACUCGAAAUACUCUCACGAACAUCAACGAAAAUUUAGUUCGACAUCUAAUUUCAUCUUUUCCACAGCACAUCAAUGCUACUCAAGAGAUGCUCUCAAUUGAAGCGUCGUCUAUAGAUGCUGUGCACCUGAAUGAAACUGUCUUACAGCAACAAAUCUUUUCCCUGAAAGAGCAAGUGAACAAUGGAUAUGGAAUAUUACCUCAGGAACGCGGCGACAUCAUCGCGUGGAAAAUCACCAACGUUCACGAGAAAAUGCUACAAGCUUUGUAUCAGACUCUAUCUCAAUGGCGAUGGCACAUCACGAGGCAGUCAUGCAUCAAUUUUCUUGGUCGUUCUUCGAGUGUCGCUUUUUGCCUUUGCGAUCAACGUACAAUACUUGAAUCGAACGGUACGAGGGAGCCUAAACAUAUUAUUGGAUGUUUUAAACCAGAUACGAAAAGCAUCAGUUUUCAAAAACCGACUUUAUCAGUCAGUAUCGCGUCAGGCAUUCCCAAAUUUUGUCCACUGGAUGAACUGAACCGAUCGGCGAAUGAAAAUUUGUAUAUUUACCAGGAUACAAUGAUCAUCAAGACUUUUAUUAAUUUUAAUGGUAUAGAUCGCAAGAUGCUUGAUUUUAUUUUUAAUCUGAAUCUUGCUUUGCCGGUUCACAUUCGACAAAAACUAAUUGAGGACGAAGUAGCGCGUCAUCAGCAUUAA